GCGUCCCCGAAAUUACCCAAAGCCAAGCGAGGCCGCAGUAAGAAGAAGAAGUCGGAAGAGGACAUGUACAUGGAUGAUUUCCUGCUUUCCGACGACGAAUUUGGACAUCCCGGCGACCUUCGGAGAGCGGAACGCUGGAUCCCUGAUAUGGAGCAUCGACGCCGGCUAGACCAGAAGCCUAAAAAUGUGCCCUCUCAGUUAUGGAUGUCCUACUGCCUCAUGGAUGACUACAUGUAUAGACAAUCUCUGACUGACGAGGAGGUUCUGGAGCAUCCCCUUAUGGACGACGUUUUGGCGUUUCAACACGGCGGUAGCAGCGAUAAGGUAGUUCCACCGCCUGGUUUUCAAUGGAACGAAAGAAGGAGAUUGGUACCUAUUCUGUGUAUGAAUUUUCAAUAAAACAAACACUUAUGGUAUUUUAGGUUGCGACUUGAGUGAUGCUUGUAAAUUGUGAGACAUUCAUAAUUGGUAAACUUGUACUGCAAUAUGAAAUGGUAAGUCCUGUAUCAUUAGGUGCCUAGGUGGCUAAUUAAAUUCUAGAUUCAAGUAUGGUAGAUAUAAUAAUGAAAAUAUCAAAUCAAGAUGCCUUCUAUAAGUUAUUAACUCAUUAGAACUUUAUCUCAUCAACAAGGAUGAGACUUAAGUGAGAAGAAAUAAUGUGUUAACAAAUGGCUGAAAAAAGGGGACACGGUUAUGUUAAAAAUGCCCCGCGUUCAAAAGAAUUGCGUGAUUGAUUGAACUCC